AUGUUUCAAGAUAUAUAGACUGCCUUCCGCAGAUCUAAUAAACGUUUCCAUCCAGUUAUUCAAUACACUACAAUAGUGAAUGUCCCGCGUUUAAGCUUUAACUAAGUCUAGCGUCGAAGAAAGUAAUCGCAAUUCGCAGCCCAGCUCGACCAGCCUUAGAGAAGGUGCUAUAUAAAGCAACAGCGAACACCUGUUACGAGAUAGUUUGUGUUUUACCUCCGACUUACGUUCACUUACACCACAAUGGAAAUAUCGAAAUCAUUGAUAUUAUUGUGCUGCACUACAUUAUGCAUUGCAUCGCAUCACGGGGGCCACGUAAUACCCAUAGAAGGCUACGAAACUGAACUGCAGAAUUUAGGAGAACACGUGGAAAUACCUGAAACACCUGUGAAAGUUAUCAAGAUUACCAAGACAGUAGCUGUUAAAGUCCCCGUACCUUAUCCUGUCAAAGUCUACGAAAAGGUUCCGUAUCCAGUUCACGUAAACAAACCUUAUCCAGUGCCCGUGCCGCAAAUAAUAAGAGUUCCUUAUGACCAACAUGGUCCCCAAGUCGCCCACGGCCACGAGGCUCUUGAUGUUGGACACAACGGCCAGUUUCACAACCAAAAUAACGAGAACUCUUAUCAGGUUCAAGAGAACCAACAAGACGUUCCCAAUUAUGGCGAUACAAUAAACAAUGUCUAUGAGCACAACUCUGGCAAUGGGAAUAAUUUCAAUGCUGAAGCAUCCCACGGCGACUUUUACGGCCAACCGUCACAAGAGUAUCAUGAACCCCUGAACGAUCAUGACCAAAAUACUUUCGAAUCCAAGAACUACGACUUGGCUAUACAGAAUUACCUUAACAGAAUGAAUCACCGAAAUCAUUGAAAUCAAAAAAAUUGAGAAGCCAUAAAAAAUUCCCACUUAAUAUUAAAAUACAAAGUUUUCAUGAUGCAGAACGCGUACCUGAGCCAUGUGAAAGUAAUUUUUGAUUAGAAUCAAAGUGUGAAGGGUGAUUUUCUUGCCUCCGAGAUGAACUUGAUAGAACCUCACAUUAACGACUGCACUGUAAUAUUACGUUCUAUUUAUUUUACGUAACACACGACGAUGCAAUUCUAUAUAGUUUUGAACGGUAGCUAUUACAUAACUGUAAAUAGUCAUUUUUCUUGAGUGUGAUAAGUUUUUUCUUUGUUGUUGUAUUCUGUUGUUGUUACAUGUGUAAUGAAAUCCACAUUUAUUUGUUAUCUAGGUGAGAUAUAUAAAUUUUAUUAAAAAAAAACUACUUGUUUAUUUGUCUGCUUUUAUUUUUAAAAUUCACAAAUUCGAAAAGCCUAAUACGAAAAAUAAUCAACAUCAUAAAAAGCAACAUAGUGUAACAAAAUGUUAAAAAAUGUCUCGUUAUUAUUUGCUCAUUUUAUAACUAAGAAUAUAUCCAAACA